UUUCUGUCUAUGCCACGGUACAUUAAGGGACAAAAAUUUUUUACCACUAAACUGCAACGGAAUAAAGCAUAUUUGCCAAGUCAAAAUAUUAUAAGCAAGUUGCUCUCUUCGCGUGACCAACAUCAAAUGCUCAUGUUCCUCACCUUGUACUGGGAUUGUUGCAAAGUUCAUGCUGGAAAGAACCGUUCACUGCAACAUACUAAGUGUUCCAAGCGAAACAAACGAUAUCUCACAAGUUGGAACGGUUAUGUCUUAUGUUGUGACUUUGUGGAAGAGAAAGGUAGAAGCACUGAAAAAGCUUCAAAUGUGUCGACUUCCCUGCUGCAGACCAUUGGUAUGGAAGAGUUGAGAGAAGAGCUGAGAACCAGUCUGGAAAAUGCCAUAAGAAAAGCCAAGAACAAAGAAGAGUUUGAGUUGACCGAGGAGGAGUGUAAAAUCUUGGAUGACCUGGAGAAACAAGGAGUGAAGGAGUUGCGAGAUAUUUUUGAAGUUUUAAAGGAGCAAAUGAGCACUCUCAAAAACAACGAAGAACAAAAGCAAAUAGUAGAUGAAGCAGCUGUGAGACAGGAACGAAUGUUGGAAGUCUACGAUCAACAAGUCAAGUCGCUUCUUCAAGUGAUGCAACAAGAGCGGAAGAAGUUGGACCAAGAGAAAACACAUAUAGAACAGCUUCGAAAGCAAUAUGAGGAAGACUUGAAACGAAGGGAGACUACUAGACCAAACACGAUUCCAAAGCUAUUGCUGUUUGCAUCCGGAAUAACUUUUGGUUUCUCUAGCCUUUACUAUGUCUGGAUAGCCCUUAGAACAGAUCAUAGCGAUAACUUACAAAAUGCUGUUUGGAAUGCUUUGGCUACAGUUGUUGCUGUUCUUGUGUAUGAAAACCAAACAAAGAGGAAAUGACAAACAUCAGUAAAGAGUAAAAUCGUGCGGAACUUAUUGGUAUUUUCGUAAUGUACGUCUGUGCUCUGUUUCUUGUGGUGGAGCACUCUGACUUUGUUCUUCUCUGGUUCUCGACGUUUCCUGUAACUGUGAGAUUGUCGUACACAA